UUUACCCUCGCUUGGGAAACCUUGCCGUGCAUCCCCCUCUGUGUCGCAGCACGUUCGCCGAUCCGGUUCGAUAAGUGUGCGUGGCGUCGUUGUUCUAACCCCGCUUGUUGCGACACGACGACCAUCGUACGGUCGGCACAAUCGGUUGCUGUGCUGUGCUGGAGUCUGGCACCGUUAAAACAUACUAACGCAUCUGCGGACUACUUCAUUCUCCUCAGAGCCUAGCGUUCGCGAGCACAACUACCUUACGGAGACUUUAUCAUUUUAUAAUCGUCGCCAUGCAGCGGUACCGUGCGGCAUUGGCGUUGCUGGCGCUAGUUGCCGUUACCGUUCGGCCAACAGUUGCUGAGGAACUUAGCCUGGAUGAUCUGAUCAAUACCGUAUUCACGACGGCCUCACCGGGUAAGGAUGCACCACCGCCAACAACCGGCCCACCGCCACCACCGACUCCUGCAGUUGGCGUAAAGGGUGGACCGUGUGGCAAUGAGGCUGUCUGCAUCCAGAAAUAUCUCUGCUCCAACAGCAGUACGUCCGGCGAGGGACUGAUCGAUAUUCGCUUCUCCGAUGACAACCCGUGCGUCGACUAUCUGCUGCAGUGCUGCUUCGACGAGGACAUCAUUCUACCACCACCAACGGUACCACCGGGCCCGAACCCAGUGCCGAAUCCGAACCCCAAUCCUGGUCAGAACCCUGGUCAGAAUCCUGGACCGAAUCCUGGUCCGGUCGCUCCCGCACGAUGCGGCCGCCGCAACGAGGAUGGUGUUGGGUUCCGUAUCACCGGCUCGAAGAACAACGAGGCCGAGUACGGUGAGUUCCCGUGGAUGGUGGCGAUCUUGAAGACGGAGGAGGUACUUGGCCAGCUGCGCGAGAACGUGUAUACGUGCGGUGGCUCGCUUAUUCACAAACAGGUUGUGCUGACCGGGGCCCACUGCGUCCAGAACAAGCAACCGUCCCAGCUGAAGGUACGUGCCGGCGAGUGGGAUACGCAGACGAAGAACGAAAUCUACCCGCACCAGGACCGCUCGGUGGUGGAAAUCGUCGUCCAUCCGGACUACUACAAGGGUGGACUGCAUAACGAUGUCGCGCUGCUGUUCCUCGACUCACCGGUCGAGCCAAACGAGAGCAUUCAGACGGUGUGUCUGCCACCGCAGGACAUGGCGUUCAACCAUGAGACCUGCUUCGCCAGCGGUUGGGGUAAGGACGUGUUUGGCAAGGCGGGCACCUACCAGGUGAUACUGAAGAAGAUCGAUCUGCCGGUGGUACCGAACGACCAGUGUCAGACGGCGUUGCGCACCACCAGGCUCGGGGCCAAGUUCAAUUUGCACAAGAGCUUCAUCUGUGCCGGCGGUGUGCCCGGUAAGGAUACGUGCAAGGGUGACGGUGGAUCACCGCUCGUUUGUCCCAUUCCCAACAAACCGCACCACUUCUACCAGACUGGAUUGGUCGCGUGGGGUAUCGGGUGCGGUGAGAAUGGCAUCCCGGGCGUUUACGCCAACGUGGCCAAGUUCCGUGGCUGGAUCGAUCAACACAUGAUGCAGCGUAACUUCGGUACCGACAGCUACACGCCCUAGGUGCUCGGAAGCGUGAUGGCAUUCUGCCCAUCCCACACACACACACACAGACAGGGAGUGAUAUGAGUGGAUUGUUAGCUAAUUUCAAGCGAAUACAAAACAGCCCUGAAGUGCUGCUGAUCCUGCUGGUAUGCUUGUCAACGGUAAACGAUUAUCGACAACAGUGACCUAGAGACACCUUAUAACCUUAUGCAGUACCGAAGUUCCCGAAAUCCUCCCUUACGAGAACUCCCUUUCCCCUCCUUUACGUGAUUAUACUAAUUUUUAAACAAAGUGUAAACAAUAAAGCUUCUUUACAAUAGAACGAAA